CAGGUCAUCAAGUCUUUGGUCUCUGUGAACAGGAAGGAUAUGGUAUUUUCCUUCUGCAUGGAAAGCAACCAAAUGAACUUCCUUCCUACUGAACCACCAUUACAAUAGUCCUGAGGGCAGCGGUCUGAAGCAGACGAGUAGUUAUUACAGCUCAGAGUUAAAGCGAGAUGGACAGGCUGUGCGUUAAAAUACUGAGAUUUAUGCUUUAAACAGACUGAGGGAGGUGUUUGGAAUCUAUUGGGGAAUGUGUGAGAAAUCGUCCAGCUUCUCCACGCCUUUACAGGAUGCCGAAUGCACUUCUGGAUGGAUGUCUGAUGAUUGUUCUGGUGUUUUCUUGUCAUCUUCAAGUCGGUGUGACAGGGUGCGUAAAUCGAGUGGUGGCAACCCGCGGAACCCUAUAUGUGCCAGAAGGGGGCAGCACCACUUUGCAGUGUGUGGUGGAGGAGUGUGGGCUGAAAGACUGGACCGGAGGAUGGCGUCGGAAAGUUGGAGAACAUUUCACUCCACUCACACCAUCUCCACAGUUCCAUCUAUCCAACUACACUGUAUCAGCCAACAGGACACGCCUACUACUCAACAUUCAGAACCUCAGCCAAUCAGAUUCAGGGGGGUAUAAUUGCAUGGUCCAAAGUCUGCAUUACACCAGUCAAGGGCAUAUAACAUACCUCAACGUGACGUCAGGUAACCAUGUAAACAUCACUGAGUCGACACACAGAAAGCUCUCUCAUAGGAUACUGGUGUGGAUUGGUGCCAGUCUGUGUUUUCCACUGGCUCUGGGCCUGUCCUGCUGUCUGGCCUCCAUACGACUGCGUCCACCACCUGUUCCACCACGCUUCAGAAGCUCCUCCACUGCUCGAGUUAAACCUAAAAUCGAGGUUGUGUACACAUCUGUAGUCCUGAAGAGUCCGAGACAGACAAAAUCCAAGAGUCCUGCAGAGAGAGAGCCCACUGUAUACACCUCACUUAACUUCUCUGUAGUCUGAGGAUCCAGACCUUCACCCACCGGAUCUUAUCUUCCCUGGAAGAAGACUCCUCAGACCUCUCAGGUUCUAAAAAAAAAAAACAUUUCCAUGCAGCAGUUGAGUGUUUAUUCAUCACUGUAUUGGUUCAUUCUGUCGGAGAUUCUUGAGAACAAUGUUGAAGAAUCAGUGAGAAAGUUGAAGUUAAAGCACCGUGGCUGGAUACUUCAACAAGACAACGACCCAAAACACUAAUCACUAAACACUGCUCAAAAUCUACUAAAGCAUUCAUGUAGAGGAACAAGUACAACAUUCUGGAAUGAUGAUCUUAGUGCUCAGACCUGAAUAUUAUUGAAAAACAAUCUGUGGUGUGAUUUAAAGCAGCUGUCCAUGAUCAGAAACCAUCAAACCUGACUGAACUGAAGAUGUUUUGUAAAGAAGAAAAUGGACCAAAAUACCUUCAACCAGAAUCCAGACUCUCAUUGGAAGCUAUAGGAAGUGUUUAGAGGCUGUUAUUACUGCAAAAGGAGGAUCUACUAAAUACUGAUGUAAUUUUUCUGUUGGGAUGCCCAAAUUUAUGUACCUGCCUAAUUGUAUAAACUCUUCUAUAUGAUAUAUUUAACUGAAAUUGCUGAUCCGAACAACCAAUGAUUUAUAAAAGAAAAUCAUAAAAUAUUAUCAGGGGUGCCCAAACUUUUUCAUACCACUGUAUAAGUCUCCUGUUUAUAAGUGUGCUUUCAAUGUAACUCUCCUGUUUAUAAUGCUGCUGUAACUACAGUUGCAAGAAAAACCCUUUGGCAUUACUUGGAUUUCUGCAUAAAUUGGUCAGUAAAUGUAUUUCUGAUCUUCAUCUAAGUCACAACAAUAGACAAACACAGUCUGCUUAAACUGAUACCACUGAUAUACAAAAAAGUAUAUGUUUACAUGGUUUUAUUGAACACAACUUGUUAAAAUUCACAGUGCAGGGUGGAAAACGUAUGUGAACCUUUGGAUUUAAUAACUGGUUGACCCUCUUUUGGCAGCAAAAACCUCAACCAAAUGUUUCCUGUAGUUACAGUUUAGACCUGCACAACAGUCAGGAGGAAUUUUGGAUCAGUCCUCUUCACUAAACUGUUUCAGUUCAGCAAUAUUCUUGAGAUAUCUGGCCGACAUCAAUGGAAAAAUAAUUUCCCAAGCUAACCAAGACAUUUUGCAGGAAAACUUAAGACCAUCUGUCCGCCAACUGAAGCUCAACAGAGGAUGGAUAAUGCAACAGGACAACGACCAAAAACAUAGAAGCAAAUCAACAACCGAAUGGAUUCAACAGAAGAAAAUACGCAUCCUGGAGAGUCCUGACCUCAACCCAACUGAGAUGCUGUUGCACGACCUCAAGAGACUCUCCAGAAGGCGUAUUGUCUUCUUUUGUAGCCAUUCGGUUGUUGAU